AUGUUGCACGCUGCGUAUGGCGAACACAAAUUCAAAAAGCAUGGGAUCAUUUCGCCGGUCUUUAUGCACUCCGGCAUUGUAAUAUUUACGAAAGAAACACGGGCCUUAAUAAUGGAGACGCGCCUAACGAGAUGGACUCUCACUGUGAUGCUUCUCGCCUUAUCGGGUGUUUUGCUGCCCAUGAACGAUGCGAUGGGCAGACUAUCGACAGAACCUCAGAUCUACUACGAAUUUGCACUCACCAUAACUGUCAACCACCUUAUUUAUGCAAAACUGGUGUACGCCAGAUAA